GUUGUUUACGUACGUAAAUGUUAUAUAUAAUAAUGAUGACAGCCUUUACAGUAAAAAUGCGUGUAAUUAUUUAGACUUUAUUGAAAUUGGUUUGCGAUUUGAGUAAAACGUGAUGGAUUUACGCACAGAGUUUCUUCAAAUAAUAGGUGUAAUUUUGGGAAUUUUCAUAAAACAAGCUGAUGGUCAAUGCGAUGCUGAAACGAGACCCCUGCAGAUCAAUGCUACAUAUUUCCCGCAAUACAUUUCCUCACCAAAUUACCCGGCCGACUACCCGCUGGACCAGGACUGUGCUUGGAUUAUCACGGCUCCGUCCUCGUAUGACAGGAUUACUAUAAAUCUAGAAGAGGUUGGGGCGGAAGGGAGUUCCCUCCCUUGUCAAUACGAUUACGUGGCUGUUUAUGAUGGGCCUGAUACUAGUGCCACAGAGGUUGCCAGAUUGUGUAAUCAAAACAAGGACACCGUCAAUGCUCUGGUCUCCACCACUGAUACCUUCUAUGUCAUCUUUAUCUCUGACUGGGCUUUCAAUUACGAAGGAUUUAAUAUGCUAGUCUUCACAAAUCACACAGAUUAUAAACCAGACUGUGAUGGAAUCACUAAUCUGACCGCUACAACCCAGACACAAGUCAUCAUGUCUUCAAAUUUACCUGAUCUCUACGACAGUAAUUUUACAUGCCAAAUUUUGAUAUACCCGGCUACAACCUACUUCGCUGUGAGAAUCGACGUGGUAUUCAUGGAUAUUGAAAACUCUGACAGCUGUGUGAAUGACGCCCUUAGUAUUGCGAGUGUUGGAGAGGAUGCCACUGUGGAAGCAGCAGCAGAAUGUAGUCUCGCUGUGAACUACGAGUUCACGAAUUUCCCGCUUGAAGUUUCAGGAACCUACAUUGAAAUCAACUUUACAACAGACUCCGAUAACAAUUACCUAGGAUUUAUGUUAUCAUAUACAGAGAUAUUCAAAGGUAUAAAUUUGACGAGUCCACAAAAUGAAGAUACGAUCGAAAUCACCGUUCCGGAAGACCUUGCAAUAGGGCAUGUUAACGAAUCAGUGUGCGUGAUUGUACUGACUUACACUGGGACACUAAAUCUUCAGAUAACUCCUUUGUAUGAGUCGACGACGGGCGAAAAUGUGUCUUUGGCAGACGUGCAGAUAUUUGCUUUGACAGAUUCUCCUCCAUACGUCUAUUUAGAUUUGAUUUCUAGUCUUGACUACGAGGUUAUCAAUAAAUUCAACUUACUAGUGACGAUGAUUGACAGUGACGUCACACAGGUGACAUAUUCCGUGACGUUCAACGUCACCAUAACAGAUGUUGAUGACCUAGCACCAGAAUUCAUAAACCUUCCUGGCAAUUACACGCUGAGUAGAGGGCAAAAAUCAGGUGAACUUAUUUACACAGUGAAUGCUACAGACGGUGACGCUACCGAUGAAAACAGUAGAAUAUUUUAUCAAAUAGAGUCCGGUGACACAGAUUCAAUGUUUGCAAUUAAUGACACUACAGGAGAAGUAGCACUCAAUCAAACUGCUAAGCUUAUACCACUGGCUACAUUGGAAUACGUUCUUAGUAUAGGGGCAUACAGUGGUUCAAUAUCAAGUGAAUCCUUGGUAACCACUGACGACUUUACUGUAUAUGUGUCACCAGACAGCCCACCAGAAUGUUCACAUACUUCAGUAUGGGGAGAAACCGUCGAUGUUAACCUGGCCGGACCGGGAACACAGGUCGUGUUACUAGACCCGUGGAGUUGCACAGACGAUAACGUAAACCUAACAUACACAGUGGAGUCAGUGAGUCCGAACUUGACUACAGUAUUGUUCGACAUUGAUGCCCUUGGUGUCGUCACACUGCUGAGAAAGUUUAAUAUAACAGAAGUCGUUAAUCGACAAUUUAUGCUGGAAAUAGGAGUGACAGAUUCCGUGGGACAAUUGGUUACCUUUAGCAUGUACAUGAAUGUCACUGCAUUGACCUGCCUUCCAAAUCCUAGAAACCUGUAUGUCCGCAUGGAUCAAGAGAUUGAUGGCGUGAUUUUAGAUGACUUUAAUUGCACAAAUAAAUACGGUUUGAGUUAUAUACUGCAACAAUACCCAGCGGGUACCUUUGCAGUCAACAGUGCAACAAAUGGAACUACAUUACUGAUUUUGAAAGCAUCUGUCGUGAAGAUAAAGUUUUACAGUUUGAGCAUUACAAUAACAGAUGGCGUAGACAUUGCUAUCCUGAAGUUCAAGGUCAUUGUGCAAACAAAGAGGUGCGGUAUCGCCAGUGGGUCGACUGCGUUAGACAAGGCACUAUCGUGGAUGAUUUUGUUAUCGUUACAAUCCUUGUAUCACCUCGUAUUUGUCAUAUAGGUAAAAAUGUCGAACAGUCAAACCGAAAUCACAUUUUAUAUAUUGCUUCAACAACUUUGGGUCGAAAUAACCUCUCAAAAUACAAGGUAAAAGCGAUUUGGCCUGUUAGCUAUUCAGAGCAGUGUGAUAUUUAUCGGUUAUUUACGAUACUUAUUGUUAGAUAAGAAGCAUGGCUCAUAUGAAUAGCUGACUGUGUCUUUUUUAAACAAACGUAUUAUUUUUACCUUUUGUUGUGUUUGUGUGUCAUAUUUUAUCAGAUUCUGAAACGUGCAUGAAUUUGAUGGCAUUUUAACGAGUCGUAACCCGACAUUUUUUUUAUUGUAUGAUCAUAUUUGAAAAUGAUAACAUUAACAUGAAAAUGUAAUGAAGAGAUUAGUAACUUUACAAUAUGUAAACUUAUAACAUGUUUGACGUCAUGGAAGUGAAAUAAAGCCACUUAAUAACUUUGAUGUUACACUAGUGUAAUAUUGUUUUGGCGCUGACAUCGUUUUAAGUCCAGGAGAGUUGGCCGAAUUGGACCGUAAAAGGUUAAGAAAGGAGGAUAUUUAAUUUUUCAGCAGGAGAAGCUUACAUUUGAUAAAAAAGUGUAUUACAUUAGUGCUUUUCCGCAUUUAAUUUAUAAACUCGUCGAAUAAAAUUGGUACAAUGCAGAGCCUCGCAUUUUAUCAUUUCAUUUUCGUUUGAUAAAUGCAAUAUUAAAAGACACCCAUGUAUCCUCUAUAUAUAUAUAGUUGAUUAUUUGAUGGUAGAAUUAUAAACAUAGUAGAUGAUAUAUAUAUAUAUAUAUGAAAAUGUAAUCUAGACUUUGACCAUUUUUUUUUCCCAAAUGGAAUGAGAAGGUAUAUCUCUUGUUUCCAUCACUUCUACAUGUAUUUCGUCGGUAUCAGAUAAUUAAAAGUUGAAAAUCUGUUUUACUUUCUACAAAUUUUGUUCCUUCACAAAUAGUUUGCAAGCUGAAGUUAAGUUGCCUCUUAUGCGGAAGUCGACCCUGACAGAGAUUGGCCGAUAUAUUGUUCGGCAAAUAAGUUAUUACGAACGUGGUAAGCACGUUAUCAAUCUAGUGGUCAUAAAGCCUUCUAAUAGCAGACGACAUAAUUUUUUCUAUUUCAUCCGAUUGACAACGUAAUGAUACCAGAUUUUGUUUUGACAUUUGAAGGCCC